UCAAAACAAAACAAAUUCCAUCGAAAUUCUCCAAUUUUAUGCCUUAAAUCCAUAAAAUCCUUCGGAUAAAAUGUCAGAAACUUCAUUAACUCCAAGUUCGGAAGACGCAAAAACAGAAAAUCCCGAAAAAGAUCCCGAAACCUUGCGAAAAGAGUCAAUUUUCCGCAAGAAAUUCCUCAACGGCAUCGCAAAUCUGAAACAAAUCAAGAUAAAAACGGUUCUCGAAGACGACGAACUCGAAGAAUUGCUGUUCCAGCGAUACCUGAGGGAGCUUUCGCGUGACAAUCAUCGUCUCAACACCACUUUUUCGUACAAAAAUCCUUCUUACAAGGAAAUUCCUCAGUUUUAUUUCCGCCUGCCCGAGUCAGAAGUCGGAGCGAAAUGCCGUGAAGAAGCUCGAAGCUUGUUUUUGACGAAAAAAUCCAAAAUGUUGCUCACUUCUGACGAAUUGAAGACGCUUUGGAAUCAUUUGGAGCAAAAAUCAAACAUCACAGUAGGGGAGGAUCAGUUCAUUGACUACAUGGAGUACCUGAAAGUUCGUGUUUUGGGCGGAGAGAAGGUCGAAAGAUAUUUAACGACAAGUGCCUUUAUGCGAUUAGUCGCAAUCAGCUCGAAUCCGCCGAAUGUGAAUGUCGUGCAGCUUUUCAACUACGUGAUGCGUAAAGUUUGGAUCGAACAAACGCGGAUCGGCUUGAGUUUUUACGAUUCAACGGGGCUUGGUUACUUAUCCGAAUCAGAUUUAGAGCAAUAUAUUUUGGAGCUGAUACCAACUUUCUCGCAACUUGCUGGAUUGGAGAAAUCUUUUCAUAAUUUCUACGUUUGUACGGUUCUGAGGAAGUUUUUCUUCUUUUUGGAUCCAUUGAGAACGGGAAAAAUUCGAAUUCGGGACAUUUUGACGUCGGGAUUUUUGGAUCUCUUGCUUGAAUUGAGGGAAGAUGACAUUUCGAAAGAUGCUCAAGAGAAUAAUUGGUUCUCGGCGACGUCAGCGUUGUCGGUUUAUGGCAUUUAUCUGAAUUUGGAUAAAGAUCAUAAUGGGAUGUUGUCGAAAAAGGAGUUGGCAGGUUACGGCUCAGGAACCCUCACAUCAGUCUUUCUCGAUCGCGUCUUUAGCGAAUGCCUUACUUACGACGGCGAAAUGGAUUACAAAACUUACCUCGACUUCGUUCUUGCCUUGGAAAAUCGUCACGAAACCCAAUCCCUGCAAUAUCUCUUCAAAAUUCUCGACGUCGAUCAUUGCGGCUACUUAACAGUUUUCAACUUACGCUACUUCUACAAAGGCAUCCAAUCGCAAAUCGAAACGCACAAAGCUGAAAAUGUCAAUUUCGAGGAUGUCAAAAACGAGAUCUUCGACAUGGUCAAACCGGAAGAUCCAACAAAAAUUACUCUCAAAGAUUUGAUAAAUUGCGGGCAGGGGGAGACUGUCGUCUCGAUUUUGAUCGAAUUUCAUCGCUUUUGGUCCUACGAGAAUCGCGAAUCGGUGGUUUCGGAUGCAACAACGGUCGAAGAUUCGCUCCAGCUGUGAGGUAAACAAACGCGUCGCAGUCGGCAACGGAGACCUCUUGACGUUAUUGAGUCAACAACAUGUUUACGCACACACAAGACGACAUGCAGAUAAGUAACAAACAACAGAAAAAACGAGAUUUCGUAACAAACGACAAAAAAAUGACGAAAGAAGCCGGUUCAGUCGUCAUGAGGAAGCGAAAUCCAUCGAAAAUUGCACCAAACAUAAUUUUUUUGAAUUGCACAGUCGCAGCAAUCAAGAGAGAGUACAAAGAAAUCAUAAUCUAACAAUUUUUAGUCAUAAAUACGGAGAGAAAGAAAGUAAAUAAUAAAUAAUAGUAGAAGAUGAUUACGGACAAUCAUAAACAAAUUCAGGCAAAAACUGGUUCGUUCUUCGUUACUUCGUUCGGGGUGAUGCUUCAAUGGUGAAAUAAUAUGGCGGAAAGUCGGUUUAUUCUGGUCCGUUGGAUCAUUGGCUGUAAAUUAUCUCGAUUUAACGCGACUUAUCAGCUCAAUAGAUCUCGCUUUGUAGACACUGAGAGACAUUGUCUCGUAGAUGACGCAAAACUAUCGUAGAAAUGUGAUAAAGUGCAUUUCCUCAAUGUGAGUGCGAGAUGCAAGUCACACCAUCAAAUGUCACAUGAUAACAUCAAUGAAUGAUAACAUCUCGAAGAACGUAGUAAAACUAUUAA